CAGUCAGUGCUUACUUGUUGAGCUGCGACCUUCUGACGGAGCCUUCACUUCAGCGCUUCAGUUUCCACCUAGAACCCGAGGCUCUAGCGCUAAAUGUGACAUUGGCUUUGCUAACCGCAUCCGCACCCUUAUCUAGUUUCUUUACUGUGCAGUUGCCAUUGCCAUUGCCAUUGCGGCCUGCUCGGUGAGGGUGUUGAUAAUUUGUAGGUAGUCCUGUUUGAUAGCGUUCGUUUAGUCGAUCAGCUGUGCUUCCAAGUCAUGGCUGUUAACGUAUUCCACACGGCCGUGUCCAAGGACAAUCUAAGUCGCCACCAGAUCCUGUGCUGGGUGAACGAGACGUUAACCAUGAACCUCACCAAAGUCGAACAUCUCUGCUCGGGUGCAGCGUACUGCCAGUUCAUGGACCUUCUCUUUCCAGGAUCUGUUCCACUCAAGCGUGUCAAGUUCAACACUAAGUUGGAGCAUGAGUACAUUUCCAAUUUCAAGUUGUUACAGCAUUCGUUUAGAACUCAGGGAGUCGACAAGCCCAUUCCCAUGGAUAAGUUGAUCAAGGGGCGCUUUCAAGACAACAUUGAGUUUGUGCAGUGGUUCAAGCGCCUCUUCGAUGUCAACUACGACGGCAAGGAGUACGAUGGCCUGGCAGCACGUGGCGGUCUGGUUGUCGGCGACGGUACUGGUACCGGCGGUGGUGGUGCUUCUCGACCCAGGACGGGCAUUGCAUCCAGCAGCACAGCCAGGUCUCCGGCGGCUCGCAGUCCGGCCACGAAGGCAGCAGCUGCGCCAGCGGCAAGAAAACCUGCGCAGAGCUCACCGGCAAGUAAAGCAGCUCCGGCAGCUGUGAAGAAAGCACCUGUUCGGACGGCGGCGGCAGCUCAUCAUUCCCAACCAGCAGCUCCGGCCGCUCCUGCUGAACCCGAUCCUCAACUCUUGGCGGAAAUUGCACAACUGCAAGAGCAGGUGUCGACGCUAACCACUACUAUCGAGACUACGGAACACGAGCGCGAUUUCUACUUUGGCAAGCUGCACCAAGUGGAGCAGAUCUGCCAGGAGCCGGAACACGAGAACAACGAGGGCAUGGCUAGAAUUCUGGAGGUGCUUUACGCCACAGAGGAGGGAUUUGUAGCGCAAGAAGGCGAAGUAGAGAUCGAGGAUGUAGAGGACGUAGAGGACGAAGGCCUGCACAACAUCCAAGAUUCCUACGUAGUCGAAGGCGAAGGAGAGCUGGGGGACUUGGACCCGGACUAUGCAGUUGAGGCAGAUCAGGAGCAAGAAGAGUACUAACGCCACCACCAACUUCAACCAUCCUUUGAUGGUCGAGGUUCUUGAAUAUUGAAGCCAAGACUGUUUCAUCUUAAAAAUGACCAACAUUUAGUUAGAUUGUGCUCAGUUGUCCCUUUCCAAUUGCCAUCCCUGGAUAGAUACUGCUUUGAAGGCCAAGCUAUAAGCCGCAGUGAACCUGACAUUAUUAAUUUUGCUCUUCAGCCAGUGUUGCCCGGGUGUAUGAGAUCUGUGUCUUGCAGUACACUGAGUUACAAUUACAUGUCUGCUCUCUAAGCUUGCGGCUCCUUUGAUUAUAAUCACGUCUCAGCUAGGAGUAUCCUAAUUCUUGGAUUGGCAAUUAUUUGCAACAUAUUCUCACCUACUUACAUGCCAGCCUGAUCAUAUUCUAAAUCCGACAUCGUAGCUGUUACAUAGCAUUUCUCUUUCCGUCAUGAGAAUUUCGUUAGAAGUUUGUUUCCAAAUUCCCAGCGCCAUGUUCUUCCUUC